AAGGCGGAGACAACAACAGCUACAGAGCCGAGCAGAAGGGGAGCGGAAGUGGUCCUGAGGGGAGCCCAAGGGAGGGAGCUGCGCGGUUGUGGUCGCCGCCAUCGCCAUGGGGGCCGUGCUGGGCGUCUGUUCCCUGGCCAGCUGGAUUCCCUGCCUGUGCGGCGGUGCAUCAUGUUUGCUGUGUCGCUGUUGUCCCAACAGCAAGAAUUCUCUGGUGACUCGGCUUAUUUAUGCCUUCCUUCUCCUCCUCAGUACUCUUGUUGCUUGCAUCAUGCUGGCACCAGGAAUGGAGAAGCAGCUGAAAAAGGUGCCUGGGUUUUGUGAUGGCAUUGUUGACUGUGAAGCUUUGGUUGGAUAUAGAGCAGUCUACCGAAUCAGUUUUGCCAUGGCCGUAUUCUUCUUCCUCUUUGCCCUUCUUAUGAUACAAGUGAAAUCAAGUAAAGAUCCAAGGGCUGCUGUACAUAAUGGAUUUUGGUUCUUCAAGAUAGCUGCAAUUGUUGGCAUCAUGGUUGGAGCAUUUUACAUUCCGGAAGGGCCUUUCACAAGAGCAUUAUUUGUAAUUGGCACCUGUGGUGCCUUCCUCUUCAUUCUCAUCCAACUGAUUCUGCUUGUUGAUUUUGCUCAUUCCUGGAAUGAAUCUUGGGUUGAACGAAUGGAAGAGGGAAACCCCAGGUGCUGGUAUGCAGCUCUGCUGUCCUGCACAUGCUUGAACUAUAUCCUGUCACUCAUUGCCAUUGUGCUCUUCUAUGUCUUCUACACAAAACCUGAGGGUUGUAUUGAGAACAAGUUUUUCAUCAGCUUUAAUAUGAUUUUGUGCAUUGCUGUAUCUAUCACAUCAAUCCUUCCUAAAGUCCAGGAAAAUCAGCCUCAUUCUGGCCUUCUCCAGUCUUCUGUCAUUACUCUCUACACCAUGUACCUCACUUGGUCUGCCAUGUCCAAUGAGCCUGACCGCCACUGUAAUCCAAGUCUUCUGAAUAUCAUCAGCCAAAUAGCUGCACCUACUGCUCUCCCAGUGAAUACCACUGCUGUACCUGUCAUUCCCACUUCUGCACCACUGAAAUCCCCACAGUGGUGGGACGCACAAAGCAUUGUUGGGCUGAUUAUCUUCGUACUUUGUCUUCUGUAUUCCAGCAUCCGCUCUUCUAGCAACAGCCAAGUAAACAAGUUGACCCUGUCUGUAAGUGACAGCGUCAUUCUGGAUGACACUCCUGGUGCGGCUGGAGGUGAUGUAGAAGAUGGUGAAGUCCAGAGGGUCUUGGACAAUGAAAAGGAAGCUGUCCAGUAUAGCUAUAGUGUCUUCCACACCAUGCUGUUUCUUGCCUCCCUGUAUAUCAUGAUGACACUUACCAACUGGUACAGCCCUGAUGCUGAAACCAAAACUCUGACAAGUAAGUGGCCAGCUGUCUGGGUGAAGAUCUCCUCAAGCUGGGUCUGUCUCCUCCUUUACCUCUGGAGCUUAGUGGCACCUCUCGUCCUAACCAACCGGGACUUCAGUUAAAUGAUAAUUUCUCUGAAAGCAUAGAAACAUGACGUUUCACUCUGCUGAAAGCCAAAUGUUCUGUAUUGCUUCUUGGAGCCAAGACUCCAGUCGUCUCUCCUGCAACAUACAGAUGAACAGAAAGCUGCUCGCAUAUUUCAUGCUUAAUGCAAGAUCUAAAAUGUGUACAUCUUGAUAUGUUUAAAUCAAAGCUAGCCUUUACAAUUAAUCUAUUACAGCUUUGCUGUUUAAAGUUUUGUAAAUGCCUAUAUUGUAAACACCACACAUAUAUUAUUAUUAUUAUUAUGCAAAGUAAUAUAUUUUAAAAGUUCUAAUGCUUCAGCAUAUGGAUAUGAAAGACAUACUGCAAGUGUACAUUCCACUCCAGGAAAUGUGUCUAAGAGUGCUCUUUUUAAUGGGUAAAAUUUGCUUUUCUCAAUAGAGAACAGUGUGUUCGAUGUUGUGAGUUAGAAUUAGCAAUUUUAGAUCACUGUAGGAAACAAACUGUCCUAUUUGUCAGUUGAUUUCAUUAUAUUCAGUAUGCUUUAAACAAAUUAUUGAAAUGAAGUUUCUUGAAGUGCUGUUUUCUAAUACGACCAAUGCUUGUAAAAGACAGUGACCAUUUGUCCAUCUUGACAUUUAAUAUUUGCACUAUAAAUAUGUUUGAUUAAA